UUAGAAGUUUUAGAUGCAGGAAACUGUGCUCUUUAGUGACAGUUUCCAAGUUGGAACAUUUGCGAUAUAUGAAAGCUAAGAAAUCUUUGUUCGAGUAUUAUUUUAUGUAUGGCCAUUGCUUUGUAUUCAAUAAUUGCUUCAAUCUGGACCGGGUGCAAUCAACAACAUUAUGGCUAAUGCACAGCUUAAAGCUCAAUAUAUGGCACAGGUAUUUGCGAUGGAAUCUUCUGAAGGUACUGAUCAUUUUUAUGAUAAAAGUUUCUUUUCUUGUUUACCUGGAAGUGAAAUUUCAGAGACAUUCAAGAAUCGGAGUACAAAUUCUUCAAUAACUGUCAAGUUGGUUCCAGAUUGUUCUAAUAAAAGAUUCUUGGGCUUUAUUCUAUGCUUUGUGGUUGAUUUUGAGCACCAUCUUGAAUUCUUCGAUAUCAGUGUCAAUUGCAAAUGUCAAUUAAAAACCAAGUGUGGUGAUCAUCACGAUUUUGCUUAUCGCUGGAAUUCAAUAAACCCUUUGCAUCGAGACAUAAGCUUUGAUUCCAAUCAUGUGAUCCUUUUUAUUUGAUGGUUUCGGACGUGGAAUCAAUAAAACAUCCAUAAACAAGCAUUUUGAGGUGGCCUCCAUUGAAAUCUACGUUGAAGCUACGGAUUUGGUUUCCAAUAUUAAGCAUUUCAAAGUGCAAAAUGUGGUGUUAAUGUAUUAUAUAUGGAUACUGUUAGAUCUAAUGACGAAGAGUUUGAAUCCAGCACAAGUUACAGUGCUGAUGAAUCCAGCACAAGUUAAAGUGCUGAUGAAUCCAGCACAAAUUACAGUGUUGAUGAAUCUAGCGCAAAUUACAGUUCUGAUGGUGAAGAGGCAGUGGAUCCAAACCAUUGAGAUAUUGGAAUCAAGUUGUCAUGCUACAUAAUUAUUCACCAAAGAUGAAGAGAACAG